AUGGCCUCGACUAUGAACUUCCUGCCCAACAUCCACUUCGACCAUCUCCAGAGAUAUUGUCUUCUAGUGGCCUCUUUCUUUCUCAUCAGCUGUGUUUGGACAAAGUACCGUCAAGGCCUUCGACACAUACCGGGUCCAUUCCUUGCCAGUUUCUCAAACCUAUGGAAAAUCCAUAGAAUAUUGAAAAAGGACAUGGCAUGGCGGAACAUCGAGGUUCAUGAAAAGUACGGUGCACUGGUUCGGAUCGGGCCUAACCACGUGUCAGCAUCUGAUCCAGAAGCCGUGAAGACUAUAUACAACUUUACCAAUAUCUUCCCCAAGUCCGCCUUUUUUUCAAUUGGCGAGGGCCUCUAUGAGGGCAAGAAAUUGCCCACACUUUUCACCACGAGGAGUAAUGAGUACCACGCGCAAUUAAAGCGAGCUUCAGCAAAGGCUUUCUCGAUGACCGUCGUGUCAGAAUUUGAGCCAUUUGUAAACGCGUAUAUAGAGCUAUUUCUGAAGCAAGUCUACAAUCGUUCGAACAACGGUAAAACAACUUUUGAUAUUGGUCCAUGGAUGCAAUAUUUCGCUUUCGAUGUUCUAGGCGAGGUCAACUUCUCUCGGGCCCUUGGGUUCUUGGAAACAGGGACUGAUGUCGAUAACAACAUCGCUGCAAUCGACCAAGUCUUGUCUUAUGUUUCUCUUAUCGGGCAGAUCCCCGCGGCACACAAGUUUCUCCUAGGUAAUCCAAUUCUGCCGAAAAUUUUUCCAAAUUUCGAGAAGCUUAAUCAAGUCCAAGAGUUUGCCAUUGCUAUGAUUAAGGAACGCAGGCAGAAUCCCGUGGCCCGGAAAGACAUACUGGCGAGAUUAAUCGAGAUUCACGACUCGGAUCCGUCAAAGCUGUCCUUUCGCGAGAUUGUCGCCAUUACGACAACGAAUAUUAUCGCUGGUUCUGAUACCACUGCAAUUACGCUGAGAGCUGUCUUCUACUAUCUCUGUAAGAAUGCAUCAGUGUAUAAAAAGCUACAGCAGGAGGUGGACAGUGCCGCUGAGCAGUGUAGUCUGUCGAAACCGGCAACAUACAACGAAACAACUGCGCUUCCAUAUCUUGGCGCUGUGAUCAAUGAAGCCAUGCGCAUGCAUCCCGCAACAGGAUUCAUCCUGGAGCGCGUUGUCCCUGAAGGUGGUAUAACCCUAGGCGGAACCUUCUUGCCUGCAGGAACUAUUGUAGGAGUCAACUCGUGGGUCAUCCAUCAUAACAAACAAGUAUUUGGUGACGAUGUCAACGUUUUCCGACCCGAGCGCUGGCUUGAGGGUGAUCCUGCAGAGAUCGCUAAUAGACACAGACAUAUGCUUGCAUUUGGCGCUGGACCACGCGUAUGUAUUGGCAAGCAUAUAAGUCUUCUGGAAAUGUGGAAAGUUGUCGUGGAAUUCGUCCGACACUUUGACUUUGAGUUGGAGGACACAAAAGCGGAUUGGAAAUUACAAGCAGGUUGGUUUGUAAAACAGGAAGGUCUCAGAAUGAGAUUCAAGAAGAGAGUUUGA